GUGAAUUCAAAAGUUCUCGAUAGCGGUCUGCGUGAUAGGUUUGUCUAGAUUUAUGACAUUGCUCCCUUAUCCCUUCGGCAAUGGGCCUAUGACCGGUUAGCGCUUGAAGAAGUAUAUUUGUCCUCUCCUUUCUCCCACCUACAUCUUGCACCCCCACUUCGCUCGCACACUGUGAUGAGUGACCAUAGGCCAGAUCCUCCUCCAGAAACUUAUGAAACAACCGUGCGUGAAAGCUCGAGCCAAUCCUGUAGUCGAGUCAAGCAAGCUACUCGGAAAUUGGCAAAAGGGAUCACCAAGAAACUUUCUAAACGUUUCAAAUGUUCCCGCAAGCGUAUUCCUGCAACUCAGGAUGUCGAACAUCAAGUUCCUUUAUCCAGUGAUAACAUCCAGUUUUUCAGAGGCGCCCAGGACGCGUCACUUCCGCAUCCUUCCACCGACGACAAGCAUCCCACCACAUCUGAAAAUACUACUGGAUGUGUCAACCAAGGGACAUCCGGACAAUCUGCUUAUAAGGCUCUUGACGUCACCUCUAGCGUAGAGGAAACCUCUGGUCCCAAAUCAGUUGAUGCCGAACUUCAGGGUGCCCAUGAGGCUUUAGAAAACAUUAAAACACUCUGGAGACCUGCGCAGCCUGUGAUGUCCGCUGUCAACGAUGCCCCAGCAGGUCUCACUGCCGUAGAUAAUUUCCAGACCAAUUACCUCCAGCCCCUGAAAAUCUUCGACGCCGCCAUUGACAAGAUUGCAAAUGUGCAUCCAUACGCAAAAAUGGCAUUGGGCGUACUUUCUGCUGCAGCCAAAAUUAUUCUUGCUCAGGCGGAGCGCGACAAAUCAGUAGAUUGCCUUCUUCAAAAACUAGAUGAAGUUUAUGGUUUCAUUACCAAAGACGAUAAUCUUUCCAAGGUUGAACCAAUGCGUGAUGUCAUCGGAAAGAUUGCUCAGCAGACUCUGGAGUGUGCCCGUUUCAUCAGGGAAUACUCGAAGACGAAGAGCUUCUGGAAGAGACUCGGUAAAAACAUCGUCGCGGAAACAAACGAUAUCACCGCACAGUACAUCAAUGCCUUGGAUGGACUUAUGCAGCAAUUUCGGGAUCAAACUCAUCGGGAUGUAGCUAUCUUUGUCCAGUUUGCGGGUGAAACACUUGGUCUCAGCGGCAUGACUUAUGCAG